AUGGAGAAGGUUGAGCUUCUGAAUGGUGGAUCCUCCAGCAGCUACUGCAACAGUUCGGUGGCGGAGGAGCAAAGUAAAUCACUGACCUCGAUCGAAGCGGAUCGCAGCUUCGAAGAAUAUUGUGACGAAAAUAAUCGGCUGAUGGAAGUGAAUGAUGAUUGCGAUGCAGGGGAGGUACGAGACGAUGAAGUUGGCAGCCUACUGGAGCCUCAGGCAGUCGGAAAGAACAUUGCCUUUGUCCAGCCAAACAACCAUCGCAGAUCCGAUGAACCGACGGAACUCAGCUUCGAAAAGUUUCCAGAAAAUCACGAAGAAAAACUAAAACGCAUCAAAAUUGAAAACGCUUUGGACGAUUCCAGCACCACACAAGACGAGUGGAGGAAGUUUGCGAAAUCAGAGUACGGGCUCAUCAAUGAUGACCUACGCCGUAAAGUAUGGCCUCUGUUGAUCGGCGUCGAUCCCAAACUAGUGGACCCCGCCCCGUCACUCGAAGAACUCAACAGCCACCCAGAAUACAACCAGGUCGUACUGGACGUCAACCGGUCUUUGAAACGCUUUCCCCCUGGCAUUCCCUACGAACAACGUGUCGCCCUGCAGGAUCAGCUAACGGUACUAAUUCUACGAGUCAUCAUCAAGUAUCCACAUCUCAAGUACUACCAGGGGUACCACGAUGUAGCGAUCACAUUCCUACUCGUCGUUGGGGAGGAAGUGGCCUUCCACGUGAUGGAGAUUCUGUCGACGAAUCACUUGGUCGAAUGCAUGCAGGAGACAAUGGAACCAACCCAACGGAGGCUAAUGUUCAUCUACCCUCUGGUGAGGAGGGAAAAUGCUGCCCUCUGUGAUUAUUUGGAGCGAUCCACCGUGGGCACACUGUUCGCACUGCCCUGGUACCUGACGUGGUUCGGACACAGUCUCAACUCGUACCGGUCGGUGGUGCGACUUUAUGACUACUUCUUAGCCUCUGAUUUUCUUCUGCCUAUAUACGUGACCUCUGCGAUCGUACUGUACAGACAGAAUGAGAUCUUCCAAGAGGACUGCGACAUGGCUUCGCUACACUGUUUGCUGUCACAGCUACCAGAAGAUCUGCCUUUUGAGUACCUUCUUAAAAAUGCCGAAGAGCUGUACCGGAAAUAUCCCCCAAAAUUGGUCGAAAAGGAUGUGGAAAACAUGAUAGCUAAAGAGAAGCAGCAACGGCUCAAGGAAGAACGCGAUCGCGAACGACGGAAGGCCCGCAGCGUGGCAAAGCCCGGUGGAAAUUCAUUCAUUGGCCGCCUGUUCCCGCACCUGCCGGUUACACGACGGUCCGUGUUUGUAACGACAGCAUUUUCCAUUCUGGUUGGCUUUUGUGCUUACUACUAUCGUGCACAUUUGAUGCCACUGUCGGCGAUCAGAUGAGUCGAGCUGUUCCGGCGGAUUCCGUCGUCUUUUACCGUUGUUACCGGACCGUUGGCCACAUAUUGGGGCUGGGACAGCUCGCCGAGGGCACUACAGUAAUUAGUUCAUGAAAUGAUUUUCAGUAUGCAUAAUGCUGAAUCAUAAGCUCGUGCCAGAAUCGAACGAACAGCCGAAAGCUUGAUCCCCAAAUUAUUGUAAAUUUCAGAAAAAAUGUGAUUUUCGACAACCAUCAUUUUCAUCGAAUAAAUUUCAUCGUUUUUCAGUGCAUUAUACUGCCUAUGAUCGCAUAUCAGUCCCAUAUUUGCUGGCAUUCCUAUUGAUAUGGGACAGUUAGGCGAUCAUAGGCAGUAUUUAUAGUACAUCUUUGUAAAUAAUUGUAUAUCAUUUGUCAGCAUAAUAGUAUGGAAACUGCAAAAAAAAAAUUUAAAAUCAUGCAAAAACGGAAAGGAAAACACAGACAAGCAGACAUAAAAGUCAAACGCGUUUUAUCCGUUUUAUCGUAUACCAGUAGCUGGAUUUUACAAAUGCUUGCUAUUUGGUGCAGUUCUUUACCAGAUAUGGUGAAAGCGUUUCGUUCAAAUCAGUGCAAACUACAAAUGGCGAUAUUGUUUCCAUGACGACAUGGUAUGUCCACAGAGAAACAGACGUAACUCUUAGACCAAAUUUCAUUGAAAAACAUCGUCACUAAAAUAUAAUCGCCCAAUGCUAAACGUACUGUGCUUGGCCGGGCCAUCACUAGAUGGCGGUAGUGAGCAAACGUCAAACAGGAUCACAAACGAUGCCAGCGCAGCGAAGGGUCAAUCGACCUACUACCAAAAAAAUUGAAUCAAUCG